AUGUGGUGACAUCUAGUCUUUACAUAUGUCUAUGGUCAUAUCUACAUCUUUACAUCGUGGUGACGUCCGGUUCCGUCGAACGAGACAUGUCUUUAUAUAUGUCUAUGGACAGAACCGCGGUCCUGGUGCUCGGGGUCGGAGCCGCGGCUCUGGGCCUCGGGCUCGGGUUCGGGUUCAGGUUCCUGAGGAGGACCGAGGAGCUGGUUCGAGUGGGGGUCGUGUCCCAGCUGCUGCUGCACCCGCUGAAGUCCGGCAGAGCGAUGUCUCUGUCCCUGGCCGAGUGUCUCCGCGGCGGGCUGAAGUUCGGACACAUGCAGGACCGACACUGGCUGGUGGUGACAGACGACGGUCACAUGGUGACGGGCCGACAGCAGCCGUCUCUCGUCCUCGUGUCUCUGACCUGCGAGGGAGGUCAGGUUUGUUUGAACGGACCAAACAUGGAGGAGCUGAGGUUCCCGGUCAAUCAGCCUGACAACAACAUUAAAGACUGCAGAGUGCUUGGCGGUGACAUCCAGGGCCGGGACUGUGGUGAAGAGGCGUCCCGCUGGCUCACCCGUUAUCUGGGGGAGGAGAAAACCUUUCGCAUGGUGCACUUUGAACCGCAGAUGAAGGGCAGGAGGUCGGUGGAGAUCGAGCCUCUUUUCCCACAGUGUGAGCAGGUGGCGUACCUAGAUGUGGGCCCUGUGAUGCUGCUGUCCGAGGCCUCAGUGAAGGAUCUCAGCAGCAGGCUGGAGAAGGACGUCACGGUCGAACGCUUCCGCCCGAACAUCGUGAUAAGCGGCUGCGAGGCCUUCGAGGAGGACUCAUGGGAAGAGAUCCAGAUUGGCAGCGUGCGGCUGCAGCGCGUCAUGUCAUGUGGAAGGUGCAUUUUCACCACAGUCGACCCUGAAACUGGAAUAAUCAACAGGAAAGAGCCUCUGGAAACACUGAAAAGCUACCGUCAGUGCAAACCGUCCGAGAAGCACAUCUACAAGUCGGAGCCGCUGUUCGGGCAGCUGCACACCGUGAAGAAGACGGGGAUCCUGCAGGUCGGAGAUGUCGUGUACAAGAUCCGCCGCUGAGACAGCGAGGAAGAGGAUGAGGAGGGGAGCGCACGGUCGGCCCAGUCACUGCCGAGUCACUGUGGCACCAGGAAAUAGCACUUAGGUAAAGAAAGUACCAAUGAUAAGCAAGAAGAAUUAAUAUGUUUUAAACGAGGCUGUGACCAACGAGUGCAGUUCAAAAUAACACUGAUGAUCAAGUAGUGUUUUUAAACUGGGUUGUUGUGUAACACUACUAGAACCCGGAAGGAGAAUAUUUUUGCACAUUUAGUAAAUCAUGACACAUUUGCACAUGCUGCCAUUUGUAAGAAAAAUGAAAUUGUCUUUUGCUGAUUUAAGUAAAUCUAAACUAAACUUUAUCGCUAACUAAACAGGAAUUAUAUCAACAGGCUGAUUUGAUUAUUUUUAAAUGAUCAGUUUCUUAGAACACGUUUUUCUAAAUGUUGUAAUAUGGAUGUUGAUUUUUUUCCAAUAU